AUGGCCCAGGAUACCCAGACCACUCUCACCGGUGAAAUACUUCAGUGGAGCCUCUGGAAACAAGUUUACACGAGUCAUAAGCGACUUUUUGAAAUUUACCUAAGGUGGAAACACUGUGAGACGCCAGCUGUUAAGAGUCUGUGCAAUCUAAGGAAGCUUCUGAACAGACUCCAGAAGGACCACAGAGAAGAUAUCUGUCUUUACACCUCUGGACACCUGAAUCCCAACAAGCUCUACCGGCCUCCUGAGACAAUCUUGUGUCACUGGCGCAACGCCCACAGGCCAAAGGGGGAAGACAUCCUCGGAGUGAGGAAGCCGCCCGAUAGGAAUGUUGCAAAGAUGAAGGAUGCUUUGGCUUAUUUCACCAUCAACACAGCUCUGAUUCCGAACGAUGCCCAGAACACACGUCUGUUCAGGAACCUGCACCCCCAGACACAUGCUUUCCACACUUCAGAAGGGUAUCUCGUGCCCAGGAAGGUUCCCAAAGAGGAGAAGGAGGAAAUGAGCGAGAGCGCUCUGGCUCGGCACGGGUGCGAGCUCAGGCUGCCCGAGCUGAGGGUGCUGAGGAGCAAACAGGUGGGCUCCAGUCGCCAGUGUGCCGGCUGUCCCCCAGGCAGGGACGAAUACCAGUAUAUCAGCUCGUACUUAGCUGGCGUGACGAACGCGGACAGGUAUAAGAAGUUCAUGAGUUUCCAAAAGGAAGUUCUUGCAAAGCAAGAUCUCCUGAAGAAUGACUUCACCGGGAGCAAGGCAGCGGCAGGCCAUGAAAAGAAGCUGGAACAGGAGCUCCAGAAGAUAUGCAUGUGCGACCCUCAGCAGUUCAACAGACUGCAGGUCUUUGGAGAAGUCUUCGAGGACAUCUGCAAUAGUUCUUUGGUAUUUGGUGAUCUCUUGAAAGAAAUUAAGGAAGAAUAUGAACUCUACGUGGCAAUACUUCUGGACUCCCAGCCCACACCACAGUAUAAGACUCUUCUGGCUCAAUUCAAGGGGCUGGAGAGAAGUCCCGUGAAGACAGCUGAUGUGGACCAGGCCAGGGAGGAGCUCAGGAUGCUUGUGAAAGCCACCAAAGCAGCCCUGGAGCACAACGAUGAACUCAGAAAUGAAUUGGAGAAGGAGCGUGUGUUGCUGCAGUCUGCAAAGGAAAAAUCAGAAUCAUCUGAGAAAAAUGUAAUGGAUGAAGAGCACCUUACUCUUAUUGAGAAGGUUGAAAAGAAGAGAUGUGAAAUACUCAAUAAAUGUGACGAAAUUCAAGCUCUUAAAAAAGAAAUUAAAACAACUUUGGUUCAUACUGGAAUUUCAGAUAUCACUGAGAAUAGGGUUAAAAGCAUAGAGAUUGAAGCUAUAAAAUUGGAGACAGCAAAUAGAACUUUAAUAAAGAAAAUAGAAGAAACUGUGGAAAUUUAUUAA